UUUCUUUUUCUAACCGAAACGCCACGCUACUUGAUCACUCAUGGGCGACAAGCGGAAGCCCAACAGGUGCUGCGCAAACUGUAUGGCGACGAUAAAAAGUGGAUUGAUUAUGAAAUGGGCGAAGUAAAACGUGAAAUGCAGCGCGAAGUGAUCAUGCGUCAAGAACGUGGUAAUGAAUUUGUAUUGUGGCGAGUUCUGCGAACAAAACAUGUGCGCAAGGCUUUGAUGCUUGGUUGCGCGUUACAAAUGUUCCAGCAGCUCGCUGCAAUCAAUGCCAUCUUGUACGUUUCUUUUGCUCAUGGAUUAGAUCUUACAUCUCCAGUACAAGUUGUUGGGACAAUACCACCGCUAAAACUGAUUGAACGGCUCGGAAGACGAACUUUGGUACUUACAUCUUUAGUUGGUGUUAUUAUUACGCUGUGCAUGAUGGGCGGUGCUUUUAUUAUAGUCAAUCGUGAUUCGGCAAAAAUCGACCCCGGUGAGUUCCGUAUCAACAAAUGUUUCUUGGGAUACUGA